AUGAAGUUUAUUGCUGCUGUUCUCACCUUGGCCGCUGUUGCUACUGCUGCCCCUGCCGAGGUUGUGGCCCGUACUGAUCCUACAACCUGCAGCGUCAGGGGCGACAAUACUGGAAAGGUGACAUGCUGCAAUUCGGCGAUCCCUAUCAUCGGCCAACUCCUCUGCAAUAUCGCGGUUUUAGGAAAUAAUUGCAAUGUUGAUCAGCGUUCUUACUGCUGCAAUACCAGUGCCAACGGGGGCCUGAUCAACGUUGACCUUCUCAAUUGCGUUAGCCUCUAA